GGGUUUCUUUGCAUUUCAAAGUUGAUGGCGGCACAUUCCAUCGUCGGAGGCGGCUACCGUCGAUACGAGAUCUCGGCGCUGUGCGCGGUGGGGACGAUCCUAUGUUAUGCCGACCGUACGAACAUUGGGGUGGCGAUUCCGUCCUUCCAGCCCGACCAUGCCGUACAAGGUCACAUUCUGUCGGCAUUCUACUACGGGUAUAUUGCUACGCAGAUCCUCGGUGCGCAUGUGGCAGCAUGGUACGGCCCGAAGAUCGUUCUCUUGGUGGGCGUUAUCACGUGGACGUUCUUUGACGUGCUCACGGUUCCGUUCGCUGAAAACUCGACGUUGCUAUGGAUUGCGCGCGUCGGCAUGGGUCUUGGGGAAGGCAUCAUCUUUCCAUGCAUGCACAGCAUCGCAUUGGCGUGGUAUCCGUUGUCUGAGCGCAGUCGACUCACGGCAAACGUCAGUAGCGGCAUGGACCUUGGCACGGUCGUGGCCAUGUUGCUCUCGCCGUGGUUGAUGACUCAAUACGGGUACCCUGCCAUCUUCAUCACAUUCGGCGUGUUGUCAUCUGCGUGGAUCGUCCUCUUUGCCUUCCGUGGGUCGGACGCCCCUGACGCCGACAAGUAUGUGUCAAGCGGCGAGAAGGCGCUCGUGCUUUCCCAGCGAGGCGCCCCCGACGACGAUGACUCGACCAUGCAUUUCUACGCGCCGCCCGUGCUUGCCAUCUACGUCACACAUUUCGCCUACAACUACGGCUGGUAUGUGCUAUUGAGGUGGAGUCCGCAGUAUUUGCGCCUCCAACUGCAUUUGGAAGUCGCGACGUCGGGGGUGGCGGCGGCGCUGCCCUACUUUUGCGGGUACGUCGGGGUGUUGGUAUGGGGGUUUCUUUCCGACGACUUGAUUGGGCGCGGGGUGCGCGUCGUCACCGUCCGGAAGCUCAUGAACGGGCUGGGGCUGAUCGGGUCUGGCGUGUCAUUGUACAUGCUUCGGUUCGUGUCGUCCAGCGUGUCGGCCGUGGCGCUGCUUUCUGUGACAUUGUUCCUCUCCCGUGGCGCCACUGCCGGCUACUGGAUCAACAUGCUGGACGUCGCGCCCCGUCAUGCAGGACAUGUACGUAAUAAUAAUCUGGCAUCUUCGUCCUUUUACCCAAACUUUGGCUGAUUCGCCAAUAAGAAUGAUGAUCGAUUGUCUGACUUUUGGUAUGUAAAUAUGGUCCAGUGCACCCUAAUAUUUGAUUGGCUACUUGAUUUGUGUUGUGGGUUUUUGAUUGGUUCAUCGAUGGUCUGCCGAUUUGGUAUUCGAUUGGGCAAUUACCCAAACUCUCCAAUUUCGAAUAGUUAUAUCGUCGUGAUGAAUAUGUGCAGAAACGACAGUGUCUAUAUAGUUGAUGGCUGUGAGCAACACUGUUGGAACGAUCCCUGGUAUCUUUGGCAACAUCCUGACUGGCCAAAUUCUCGCCGCGACUGGGAAUUGGGACCUCGUGUUCCUCAUUGCGUCGGCGAUCAUGAUCUGCGGCGGCGUUGUGUUUCAAGUGUGGGCGUCAGACGUAUCGCAAGAGGAGUCGGCUAGUCCACGGAAGGGGGAUGGACGUGGCGGCAGGAGGAUCGAUGAUCGCACGGCGUUGCUGGCAACGUUGUAGACGAACGCGCAAGCAUGUCGAGUCAAACCAGAUGAUUGAUGCCCUUGUUAAGUUUUCACAUAGCCAAGAUGCCCAAUUGCAAUUCCAGAAAGAUCAGGGUCUUGAUGUAUGUAAAAGGUCUUGGAAUGGAGAGGGAGUCAAGCUGUAUGCCAUGUAUGGCCUGAAUGGAACGUGCAAACAUGUGAAGAUAUGUAGACGACACGUCUCUGCUGUACCAAGCAAGGCCUCGGAAAAAUACUAGGGAUAACGUUACUAG